GAAGCACCCGCCCACGUACAUCCAGAAGAACGAGUUCACGGCAGUCUUUCAGGAGAUGGUGGACACGUACGGCCUGCCGCGGUACCAAGAGGCCAACCCGGCGCUCUUCACUGUUGUCACCUUCCCAUUCCUGUUCGGCGUCAUGUACGGUGACGUUGGGCACGGUCUGAUGGUGACUCUG